CGUGCGGCCAGCUGACGUCACCGCCGCGGUCUCCAGCAGCAAAUCUGAGCUGAGAGCUGCGCAGCCGCUCUGCGCAUCCGUCAGCUGAGCAGUGGUAGACAGCGCAGCCAUUUCCCUGCUCCACCUAACCCCCUUUUACAAAAGAAGCAAACAACAACAAAAACAAAAAAACAAUAUGCUCGGACAGAUGCCGAACCUCCGCGAACACAGCGCCUCGGCGGUGCCGAAGUGACGACCGGAGCGGAGCCGCCUGACUGCAGCCCCCCCCGAAAGUCUGCAUCGCUGGUUCCAGAAGACAGCCGCCAUCUAAAAAAAAAAAAAAAAACUUUCCCCUCCACAGCGAUCUGCGCAGACUGGACCGAGCUGCGCCUCCUCCGUCAGCCAUGGAGGCGAACCCGCAGGGAGGCGGCGCCGACGUCGCGGGGAUGCACGUGAAGACCGAAGCCGCGGAUGAAAGCCCAUCUGCGCUGGUUCUGGGCAGCCAGGAGUCACCGCCUGCGCCCUGUGGAGAUGCCGCAUGCGGAGCGGCAGGAGGAGGGCAGCAGACUGCGGAGGAGCUGCAGGCCGCCACCACAACACCCCCCGUUCUGCUGUAUCCAGUGAGCACAGAUCGGUUCUUUACCUCAUCAGCAGAUGGAAAAACAUACCUGAAGAUUGCCCCAGCUGCAGUGCUGCCACCCACUCCUGCAGAGAAGACCCUUUCAUCUGGCUCAGAUUUCUCCUCUAAAGCAGUUUUGUGUUUGAUCGAGGCCGUCGGGCGCCGCUGGGGCCUCUACGAAACCCGGGAACGCUCGCAGCUCUUCCAGAGCGUCCAGGAAGAGAUGGCCGCCAAGGGCCACGUCCUUCCUGUGGAAAAGAUCCGCCGCAAAUGGAAUAACCUCAUUGUCACAUACAAGAGGGUCAAAGACCGCAGCCGGGAGACGGGACACGCCAAGACCUCCUGGGAGUUCUUUGAUUUGAUGGACGCCACCCURUCUGACACCAUUGGUACGCAGAUCAUCAACAACAAAAGAAGCAAAGGUAGCAGUACCGCUCCUGCACUGCUGGGUCCUUCCACAAAGAURGCUGCAAAGCCAGCCCAGCUUCCACAGCCAACCACUGUCAUCCGUCCUAACGGAGACUUCUCCGUGACUGGUGGUGUGGAUACCACAUGUCUGGGGACCUCCACCAGUCAAAUCAUCAGUAGCCCUCCAGCCAGCYCCUCACAGACUGCAGCAACCAUCAGUGCAGUAAAUACUCCAGAGCUCAAGCCCCUUAUUGUCCUCAAUGGCGAUGUUGUUGCCACUAGUAUUCAGCCAGCCACCAUCAUACCAGCUUCGUCUUUUAUCUCCUCAUCUUGCCUGACAGAAACAACCUCUACAUCUCCCUCACUUGUCUCAGCCAGGAGCACAGACCUCAACACGGCAGGGUACAAAAGCUGUAAAGCUUCGUCUUUCACGUCUGGUGUUUUACCUUUCUGCCUUACUACAGCGCCACUCAGUCACAGUCCAAAUGUCCUUGGGCUCUCUUCYUUUUCCUCAACAUCCUCCUGUCACACUGCAUCUCUAGCCACCUCGGUAACUCCAUCAGUCCUCCCAGGAACUGAAGGGCAGAGCCAGAAAGGAAACCAAGAGCAAACCAGCUUUCCUUUGUUUCAGGAGAUCUUGAAGCGGCAGGAGGAGCAYGCUUACCUGGAUCGAGUGGCUCGCCGUAGGGUGGAAGCUCGAGAGAAGAGGCGUGAAAGGAGGGAGGUGCGAAUGUCAGAAUCCCUCGGACGGAUAGCCACGGCCUUGGAGCUGCUCUCUUCCAAGCAGGACACAAUCAUUGCUCUUCUGCAGAGACUGGCUGAUCGCAAGUGAGAGGUGUUCAGUCUGGAAAGCUGCAUUUCAUUCUCAUUCAGAGUUUAUGCUUAUCAAAAUAUCUCCUAUGUUUUGAUCCAGCACAUAAUCCUGAGGGUUUUCUUAGCAGUGUGUUAUCAUCKAUUUUAAAACAAAAGGUUUUCGUUUAGUGUCACACAUGAGUGUAAUAGUAUGURAUGCUGUACAUGUCAAUUUGCUGCUCCUACAAUAAAGGAAAGUAAUUUUUAAAAAAUGCACUGGUAAAAAUUUAUGCCUAAGGGUGGCACAAUACUGUAUAAGCAAAAUAAAUGAGUUAAUUAGUAAAUUUAUGUAAAUGUAUGCUUUAUGAUUAGCUAUAUUGUUGAUAGAUCAGAAGACAUCUGGAAAACCUUCAGUGUAAUGGCUGUCAUGAUGCUUCUACACACAGUACUCUACAAUUAAAAAUUUCUAUUUUACAAGA